AUGCCCGGUAAACCCCUCCCUCCCAACCCAUAUAGUGGGCCUGAGGAGGCCGCCUACAACACCUGUCGCCAUCUGGAAAGACUCCUUGACUGGAGUGAGGUAGUAUCUGAUGAAGUUCGCACGAGCAAGAGAACGCCACAGUUGUGCGGACGUCUCCUGGGAUACAUGAUGUUAGAAGCACCCACUCCGGAAGGUCGCCUCAAUGUGGCGAGGGAAAUCCAGACGUGUACAUCAGCUUCCGAUACUCAGGACCGUUUGGCGGCUCUCGCGCAGUUUUAUGAACACCACUUCAUUCGUGUCUUCAAGUCCGCGAAGGGUGCAACACCUACUGUGUCGACACAUCCUUCCCGACCAUCAUUCAAUAUGACCGCAGAGCAGAUAAAUCAGUUGCUCGAGGAGGCCCCUCAGGACCAUAGGGCUGCCAAAUUGCUUAUAUUCCAUCUCACUGGAAGAUACGAUGCUGCCACGGCAAUAAGCAGAUACCCGGAGGAUGAGACAUUCAUAGCUCCAGCGCCUAUCGCACCCACAGAGCUUGCACAUAUAAUCGCUGAAUCGACGAACGCAAAUAUCCAAGAGGGUAGCACAAAGCGAAGCUACGCCGCCUCCGCGUGGGCAGUUCUGGAUCGUUUUGGCAAGGUCAACGUAGUCGACAACGAAUUGAACGGACAAGGAAUCCAUCGCCUCCCAAAUGUGAUGACCAUGUCUGUGGAUGUUCAUAUAUUCUUUGACACGCUUCAAAUAUGGUUCGAAGAAAUUGGCACGGAUCGCUAUCGGCUGUGCGCCCGUUGGGAUAGCAUUUUGACUUCGCUCGGUGUAGACCUCAACAAUCCUGUGAUCCAGCUCACGACUACCAAUGCUAGUCUUCCAUUACCCAAUUCGCAUCUUCUUCGACUCCACGCGACAUGCGCCAAGGUGGCUCAUCUUUCUGGAGCGGGAGAGUAUAUAGAUGCGAUCUUCAGAGACAUGGAAGAGUUGAAAGUAUUGGCCUCUGAUGGUGGCUCUGCUCAUGUGUUGCAGGAUGCGCUACUUCACAGCGGCAGACAAGUCGCUGUUCAUUAA